AUGGACGGCACUGAGGAAUGUAAAUGUGUGUGGGGCAAACCUGUCAAGAGUAAUGUCAAACAUGGAAUGUACGAAGGAGUAGAACACGUACAGCGUUGGGGAGAGGGUGGUACAAUAGGAGUGGUCGUACAUGAACAUUGUUGCGAGUAUGCUCGCGUGUGCUCGUCAAUUCUUACUUGCACUGCAGAGUGGGAAGAAGUACACGAAUGCAUGGAGUUAUUGGAGAAGUUGUUCGGCAUUGGUCAACAAUACGGAUGUGCGAAUGUGAAUUCAAAAAGGGAGACGAACGUAAAAAAAAGGAGGACAACGAAGGAGAGGCAGAGUAAGAGGCGGAGCGAGGAGCAGAAGGGAUGGAAGGGAGGGAGAGGGAUGAGCAGCUAUUGUGCAGGCUAUUAUGAGGGGACUGGCUGCUUACGCUUUACGCUGAAGGACGGUGUAGCCAGCUGGGUCUUGUCGUCACACGAUCUGAGGCUCAGUGCAGGCAUUGCAACAACAGAUUGGAGAGACGAGUUGUAG